AUGGAAUACAUGCUCCCUUCGAAACUCCGCCCAACACGCAUGCAAGCGAGACCAACAGCAACCGGCCAACACAAUCACGACCACAGAUUGUGCUCUUUAAGGUUGACAGGAGGACAGCCGGCGUCCGGUCUUGGCGGUUUCGACCAUACACUUCUCUGCCUUGGAGUCGCAGACUCGAAGGAGCGCAGCGCUGAAAUUGGUAGUUCCAACAAGCCGACAACCUUGGCUCGGAGCCAAGUGAGACAGACUCAACGAAACGCUUCAUUUGACGUUUCUAUACCUCCGGACAGUUCCAGUUGCAGCCAAGCAUUUGAGGCGACCGGUGGAGAGUUUGCCAAGUUGACGCGACUGAUUGUUCAGCUCACUUCUGCUGCGAGUGAAAGUGAGCCAAAUAAAGAAAUGUGGAGGUGA